UGGUGGGUCUAAUAGUGGAGCUUUUAAGAGCACAACUGUCUUAGAAGAAGAGGAAGAUAGUGAAUCUGAAUCUGAAUCUGCUCCUGCUCAUGAACCUACCCCUUCCCCUUCUACUGAACUUGCUCCUGCCCCCUGUACCUUCAAGAGAAAAAGAGAGUGGAGUAGAUAGUGAAUCAGACUUUGAUAAUAGUGAAGGUGAGGAUGACAAUGAGAAUGAUUCAGACUUUGACAAUAAUGAUAGUGAUGAGAGUGUGGAGGAAGAGGAAGAGGAAAAGGCAGAGCAAGAGGAACAGGAACUCCAACUACUUCUGCCCCUGCUGCUGCUGGUAGAGGAAGGGGAACUGCUGCUAGUAGAGGAAGAAGAACUGGUAGUGGUAGGGGAAGUUCUGGGUUUGGACUAUUUCAAUCAAGCAGUGGGUUCACAAGUUUUUCUUCUGGUGGAGGUAAGCCAAGAGUGGUCUCUCAUGGUGGUGAAAAGAGGUCCUCGGCAGAUAUUUUGGAGUGUGCAUACAAGCCAAGAAGUGGUGUAAAAUGGAAUGGUAGA